AUGCAUCGUUCGGAGACAUCUAUCGAGUCUGCCAAAGCCAAAUCCGGAUCAAAUACAUCAAUACAGUGGGUUGCAUUUGAAGGUCUCAGCCUGUUGUUUUCAGUUGGCCCUUUCACAAUCCGCGAGUAUAGAUUACGAACCCCAAUCCCAUUAUAUUAUGAUUGCAAUCUACCGCACAAAAAUCUGCGGAAAGUAUUCACAAUGAACAUCUCAUCCAGUGAUCUCGGUAUGUUUUCCAAAAACGCCUGGAGGUUGUGCAAUGAUAUGUUGGCAUCUUAUGGCAUUUACUGGGCUCUCGGGAUUACUUUUGUCUUCAUUUUUCUACGAUCAGCGACACCAAAGUAUUUCAAGCCUUAUAGUCCUUCUAUCUCUCCUCCCUGCGAGAAAAUAAUCGAGCAGGCAGAGCGAACAAAUCGUUACUAUGGACAUGAAAACUCCGGCUUCCUGUCUAAAGAGGCAGGGUUCUCUCCCUUGCAGAGAAUCAAGGCAUUUCCGCUUUCCCAUGCAGUGUGGGAUCAGCUUGCGACCGAACUUCCCCGGCUGGUCAAAACGCAGACUGUUCGGGAAACUGUCACCAAGAUGCCACUUCUUGACGCAUCUGCCAAAUCUUUGCCAGACAUAUAUCUCCAACGGGCUGCUACGAUCCUCGGAAUGACAGCCCAUGCAUUUGUUCGCUUGGAGGGAAGCGAGCCUAUUACAUUGAAAUAUGAUAGCCACAACGAUAUACUACCGCCUUCGCUUGUUACUCCGUGGACUAUCGUGUGUGAACGCCUUGGGCGAUCAAUUCCAAAUCUUACCAUAAUUGACAUUGUGGUAGCCAAUUUCACAUCAACUAGCUUGUCAUACGGAGACGUGACGCUCAAAAAUCUGGAUUUACUCAUUCUAACAACUGGGACCAUGGAAGAGCGCAUAUUUUUGGGUACGAUGAUUGAAAUGAACACCAAAACAAUACCGAUUCUUCAUCGAGUCAUCGAGGCUCAAAGAUCUGUCUUGGCUCGAAACUCUUCUUCGUUCAAAGACGCAAUACGAAAUCUCCAUGAACUGAUCAAACAGAUCACCAAGACCCUAGAAAAGAUCCAUGCGAAUCGAUCUCACAAGGAUCAUAUCGAUCCUCUUAUCUGGACGCUCACUGUAGCGAAUUUGGGAAUUCCAUGGCUGAGAGGUUUGGUCGGGACUGCAGGCACAGCACAUCCCUUCUUCCACAUAAUGGACGAAUUUACUGGUCGAUCUGAAUACAACACGAGUAUUGGCAAAGAAACGACGGCGGUUCGGGCUAUGUAUCCCAUCCAUUGGCGCCAGUUUCUUGAGGCCGUCAGGGAGGUUUCGGUCGCUGAAUACGUUACUGCCUCGAAAGAUAGAGAGUUAGUGGAUAUCUGGAAAGCCUUUAUGUCAUCAUACCAGGGCGACGAUGGUCUGCUGGGAAUCCACCGGCGAAAAGCUCUCGGGUUCCUUGCUGUUUCGUCCAGAAUCGGUCGGAAUAUAACCAACAAUGGCCUAGGCCGUAAGCGCAGAACUGAACCUUGGUUGGAAGCUAAUCAGGAAUUAGAAAAGACACGUCUAGAACGCAAAUCACUUGACACAGACGAGCACUUUUCAAGCGGCGACAGCAGACCUAGUUCAAAAAAAAUCUUCGUAUCCCAGCUCAUAAGAAAUAACUCAGAGGAAACUGGUUAUUGGUUCUCGGCCCAAGGCAAUGUUUACAACGCAAGCAAAUUUAUGCAGAAGCAUCCAGGAGGUGAUACCGUGAUCGCGUGUAGUAGCGGCCAAGACAUCACCGACAGCCUGAACGCAGUCGCCCACUUGACAAACCCUAUGAUCCGCAAUAAACUAGAAUCCUAUCGCAUCGGAACCCUGCAAAAACCCAAGUUCGCUACUUCGAAAGCUGAAGAUAUCUACCUUGCCGCCGUGGAUCUCGGUCAAAAGGCGGCUGAAAUGGAAAACGUGCACCGGAGAAACUUCCAAUUGUUGGAUGGGAAACUGACAGCGCUGGAUGAACCUAGUAUUCUAACACCUAAGAAGGCACGUCACUUACUUGAUGCCAGGAACAGACUUCGGGACGAGCAUGUACCGGUACUGGCAAUGCUUUUGGAUGCCCUACUAAAUGCUAUCGCGAACUUGACCAUGGAAGUUGACCUGAGCGUCAUUCGAGCUCAGACCGCUGGUCUUGUUUCACCCAAAAGAAAGAUUGGCACUGCAGUCCGGUUCUCAUCCUAUGAGAUGGCGGUAGAUUUGUUACUGAAAGAAUCAGAUCGUUUGACAGAUAUCAAGAACCUAGUUGCCAUAGUUCUUGCGACUUUCGAAGACGUGGACUUUGUAUAUUCUGAGCAGAGUCAAUUUGGAUCUGUUAUGAGUAAUUUAAGUAGUGUAUCGAGUCAAUUGAUAUUGCUAGCGGGGGAGUGA